AUCAUGAAGCUCUUCUCUCUAUGUGGCAUCGUGACGAGUUUGCCACUGACCCGCGUGGGCGACACCAGGGCAGGUGGCAGGAAGUCUGCCGGAACAUCGAUGUCCUUCUUCUACAUGUGCGGGUGGUUGACAAUGGCCCAGUGGAUAUGCUGAGCAGGCUUACCCCGAAGGUUGACCCGAUCAUGGGGCAGGUUGGGGGCCAGGGUGCUAACCCGCGGCGCAAGGUUAACUGGCGGUAUCCGGUCGCUAGGGAGGCCCAACCCCGUACUAAUGAAUACAAGGCUGCGGCGUUUGCAUUCAACACAGCCGAGAAGGCGUGGGGAGCGCAUACGCAUGAUGCGUUCGCUCUACCGGGGAACCAAGUCCCCAAGUAUUUUUCGCAAUCCCUUGAAGGGGGGGCUUCGGCAGAAUCGUGGGUUGGCCGCAAUAUGUGGGUCAACCCACCGUGGGAGUUAAUCCCGAGGGUGCUGGCCAAGGUGGUGGCUGAGCAUCUUGAGAUUACGCUGGUAUGUCCCUACAUGCCGAAAGCGAAGCGGUGGGAUCCGAUGACUCGUAUGCGCGCGAGCCAAUCGCAAUACCGCUGCAGCAUGGUGUUUUCCUGCGGCAUGGGCAUGAAGCUAAGGGUGCCCACCAUGGGGUCCGACGCUGCUUUGUCGGAUCUCGUACAACAAGCGCUACCCGGUGUCGUGGGCGACUGUCCCACUGCGCCUGCGUUGGUGAGCCGCCCUGAGAGAGCCCUUUUGGUCCCGACCCCUGCGGAGUCGGACCAGUUGGCGGCGGCUGCUGAGGUUGAAGAACGCGAGGCGCGCCAGCAGCGCGCAGCCCGCGCGAAGCGCCGUGUAGCUCAAAAGUUGGCCGGCAAGGCGUUAUUGGCGAGGCAGGGGCAGUCGCCCUAUGCUUUGCGUGGUUUGACGUUGUCUCGGCCGGAGGUCCGGAACGUGGUGGGUGCUGCCCACAAUGUGUAUAUGCAUACCGGCGCAGAGAAGUUCCUUGGUAAGCUCGAGGAGCUAUACGGAUGA